CCAAMAGCCCCGMCCGGAAAGAAUUCCGAUCGGAGUCGUAAUUGCGCAUWAACCGUACGCGUGYACCGGUACAUUGCACCGAUACCGUGCCGUAGAUUGAGAAUUCCGAUUGAGAUCCACAACGUGCCUACCUUGUGUCGCAAACAAGGUCAUAGCAUAACCAAACACAACAAACCAUAUUCUCACCAUAGMAGAGCACAGAAUUGCAUUCCAAAACGCUACACAAACAUACUACACCUUACGCUUACCAUGGUGAUUACCAACUCGGAUUCGAACACGACCCUCGUGAGUCUUAACGACAACCCAAAGCACGGAACCCCCACAUCCGAUCCGUGCAUCGUGAUCGGCCAGUCGGGUCUUCUGGAAUUUGUAGAACCCUCUUCAUCAACAACAGACACAACAACAKCAGCAGCAGCAGCGAGAACCACCGUAGGCGUUCCCACCGAUCUGUGGAUCGCUACCUCCGGGSAGGCACGUGUCCCCUUGUACCUCCCCAMUCCCCGGGAYCCGAUCACCGUGGACGAAUACCUUUCCGAGACGUACUACGCCAGAGAGKGUCACGCAGGCCACGAGGAAGGAGAAKCGGAAACAGUCACAGGGCGAGACCUGCGCACCGGGGCCAGGGCUCUGUGCGAAUCCCGCGAUCGCCUCUUGUCCGCGAAACGGCGGACACUGGGAGCAGCCACAGAAACACCACCAACAACGGCAAGCACAAACCCGAACGAAUCAUCACACGAGGCACAACACCGCCUCUUGUACGUGGCCCAGGGAGAGCGGGCCAACGCCACCCAGGCGCAAUACGAUGUACUAGCGAGCGACAAGGCCACGACCUGCCACAUCCUGGCCUUUCGCAGCAGCUGCARCAGCGAUGGCAGCAGCGAAUGCCACCGCCCGCAGCACGCCCUCCCCYUGGCAUCGAUCACCCACCUGGACGGUCCGAACUACGAGGAAUGCGUUCGCGAGAUGAUCCAGGAACACAUCGACCACCACUCCCACCGUUGCGAGGGGGAUCGCUCGRACCACACCUGCUUCGAUCGAAGGAAGUCCAAGAGAACCAGGUGCGGCACCAGCAACGACWGCGGGGGAAUCACCAUCGAGGUCCACKUGGUGGGGGGAUUCGACGACUGCGACGGAUCCUCCUCGGACAUCACGGACUGGCUGCUCCGGCUCCUGGCCAACCUGGCCGGGGAGCACGGCAGCAAGGGCGUGGAGAUGGUGGURAAGACCCUCGCGGUCUCCUCCUCCAACAAUGCCAUCGAUCGCAGGGGGAACCACACCCCGAUCGGCCGYGGCCUCGGCAUCGACGUGCGCUCCGGGGAGGUSUUUCUCGCKAGKUGCGAGCACGRCGCGAUGGGSCCCGCCCACCUGCUCCGAUCGGUCCGGCUCUGGUCCAGGUGCUCSCMGGAGGAAMCCGGGGGCGCCAUCUCCAAGGGGCUAAGCGUUGUGCACCGUUCGAGUGACGCCGAGCGCCUCCUGGCCUCCGUCAGAGGAUACGGCCUGUUCUGGGUCCGGCCUUUUGUCCUCCGGGCGAUCCCCGACGCCCGGGCCCUGCUGGGYCUCCCCGACGAGCUCCUGCGGAKGUACACCUCGACCUCCCCGGAGGUMGAGGAGGAGGGCUUUUGCAGGGACGUCCGGGACUCGCUGAGCUUCCUGGAGCGCCUGUGCGUCSUGGAGGGAGACGACGGGAGCAAGCUCUUCGGGAAGGCCUUUGACCGGCCCCUAGUUUUUGGGAUCUACCGUGGCGGGGAAGGAGCUCCCGGGAGCGGUGGCAAGGCGUCCCCGAAAAAGGGGGAGUGGCAGCUGCUCUCGCCCUAGKCCGGGACCGAAGGCACUCACACACACACUUGUACAUAAAGUGCUACAAUGACGCCGAUUGGUAUAUAGAAUACUGUGAUUAAUAACACACAAGUAAUAGACUUUUUUAAGGAAC